AUGGUUAAUGCUAGGGCGUCCCCUCCAAGCGACGCGCGCCAGCAAUGUCCGACUGGCGUGAAAAAUAUGCGAGGACAAAAUUGUAUCCGAAUCGCAAGCUUAAAUGUUGGAACAAUGACAGGCCGAAGCCUUGAAAUUGCCCAAGAACUAGAGAAAAGAUCGAUCGACAUCGCGGCUGUCCAAGAAACCAGAUGGAAAGGCUCAAAAUCCAGAGACAUUGGGCACGGAUACAAACUAAUAUAUCAUGGAGCAACAGCGCAUAAUGGAGUUGGUAUUAUUAUCAGCGAUAAAUUGAGAGACUGUGUAGCUGAAGUUGAUCGGAUAUCGGACCGAAUAAUCAGUGUCGAACUAGACAUAGAUGAUCAGAACCUGAAAAUAUAUAGCGUGUAUGCACCGCAAACAGGCUGUCCUGAAACAGAAAAAGACAUAUUCUGGAACCAGCUGGCUGAUUGCACCCAAGAUACGAGCCAGAAUUUGUUAAUAUGUGGAGACUUGAAUGGACACGUCGGCCAAACUAGUAACGGUUAUGAUUGCCAUGGUGGCAAAGGCUAUGGAAAUGUAAACGACGACGGAAAUCGAAUUCUCGAUUUCGCAGAAUGUCGAAACUUGAAAAUCGCCAACACAUUCUUCACCAAAAGACCAGCCCACCUAAUCACCUACAACAGUGGAGGCCACAACACACAGAUAGACUACAUUCUUGCUAAUCCUUCAAAGGUCAAAAUCCACGAUUGUAAAGUUAUACCUUCCGCAAAUGUCACCACACAACACCGAAUAUUGAUUGCUGACACUCUGCUAAAACUCCCCAGAAAAUCCAAACCAAAAAUGGUAUCAGUAAAACGUAUAAAAUGGUGGAAGCUGAAAGAAAACUCACAAGUUUUCAAAAAUGAAAUGAUACUCCCGAGUCUCAACACGAAUGUUGAAACCAUCUGGAUAAACCUGAAGAAGAAUGUGACGGAGCUCGCCGAAAGAACUAUUGGCACAACAAAACCAGGGAGAAAAUUCCAUGAUAAGAAAUGCUGGAUGUGGACAGAUGAGGUGAAAACGGCAGUUCAAAAGAAGAAGUAUUGUUUUAAAGCAUACAAAAAUGCCCCAAAUGAUGCAAAUCUUCUGGAAUACCAAAAUGCCAAACGGCUCGCCAAAAUUGAAAUAGCCAAAAGAAGAGAUGAAUAUCAAGAUGAUAUUUAUGAACAACUUGAAGCCAGCAGAUCGGCCAAAACAGCUGACAAAGCCAUCUUCCAAUUGGCGCAAAUGAGACACCGGAAAAGCCUUGAUAUUGAAAAAUAUAGAUGCAUCGAAAACAAAAAUGGAUCUAAAUUGACAAAAACUGAUGAAAUUCUUAUUCGAUGGAAAGAACAUUUCGAGGAAAUAUCAAACGUCGAAUUCCCACACCAACCAGCCAAUUCAGCCAAAAGAACAAUGCCAGAUUCGUUUAUACCAAUAACCGAACCGGAAACCCAUGCUGCCAUAAGCAAAAUGAAAAACGGCAAAUCAACUGGCCCAGACGAUAUUUCAGCCGAAAUGUGGAAACUGUUGGGCGUGGAAGGACUGAAAUGGCUGACAGCAUUCCUAAACAAAGUAUGCGAGACCAAAAGUUUCCCUGAGGAUUGGAAAACGAGCUCCACGAUCCCGGUGUUUAAGAUGAAAGGAACCCCAGCCGACUGCGCCAACUACCGGCCUAUAAGAUUGUUAUGUCACACAAUGAAAAUAUUGGAGAGAAUUGUCGACACUAGAAUCCGAAAAAUUGUGAAGAUCAGCAACCAACAAUGCGGAUUUGUCAAAGGAAAAUCCACAACAGAUGCGAUAUUCGCUGCAAGGCAAAUCAUUGAAAAACAUCGCGAAAAGAAAUCUCCACUACACUUGGCCUUCCUCGAUCUCGAAAAAGGCCUUUGA